CCCGGACGUUAUACCCGGACUAGCGUGAUGGAUGAAGUGACGCUCCAGACGCCUGUCCGCCGUGCCCACACUUCUACAUACACCAUGGAUUGCAGAUAAAGAGCUGGGGCCGCUACGAACCGUGGUAAUUAGUUACACAGUGCUUACCUGGAUGUCUGCAGCGCAAUUCGCUUUUCCUUCCAGCUUACUUAUUCCCGGGGCGGCGAUCCGAGGUUAAGCAGGAUGACGACGAGUCAUCACCACCCGGACGAUGGAGUGCUGGACUCGAGGGAAGAUAUGAAUCUUGGGAGUAGUGAGAAGAGCUACAGGCCGGCCGAUGGGUCGGAUCCAGCUAGUCUGAAUCAAGAGCAAGGGAUCACCAGCAGUGACGACGGCGUUGCCAGCGGAGGCAAUAACAUCGUCGAGAAGAAAGUGGACGUUGCUCCAAACGGGGGAUACGGAUGGGUCUGCGUAGCAGCCUGUGCCACCAUCAACGCUCACACGUGGGGUCUGAACUCGGCCUACGCCGUCUUCCUCGCGUACUAUCUGGCCAACAACGUCUUCCCGGGCGCCUCGCACCUCUCCUACGCCUUCAUUGGCGGCCUGUCCAUCAGCCAGGCGCUCAUCGUCUCGCCGAUUGCAACCUUCACCACACGCCUCUUCGGCACACGCACCACGCUGCUCAUCGGCGUCGUGCUGGAGACUAUUUCCUUCAUCGGCGCCAGCUUCGCGACGCAAAUCUGGCACCUGUUUCUCACGCAAGGCCUGUGCUUUGGCUAUGGCAUGGGCUUCCUGUUCGUCGGCAGCGUGGGCAUCAGCGCGCAGUGGUUCACGACGCGGCGGUCGCUCGCGAACGGCAUCUCCGCGGCGGGCAGCGGCAUCGGCGGGCUCGUGUACUCGCUAGCCACGCAGGCGAUGAUCAAGAACAUUGGGCUGCCGUGGGCGUUCCGGGUCCUCGCCGUCAUUGCGUUUGUCGUCAACACGACGUGCGCGCUGAUCAUCAGGGACCGCAACAAGCAGAUUGGCAGCAGCCAGCUGAGCUUCGACUACCGGCUCUUCAAGAAACCGCAGUUCUUGGGGCUGAUGGCGUUUGGGUUCCUGAGCAUGCUGGCGUACGUCGUACUCCUGUUCUCGCUGCCAAACUACGCGAGGACGGUUGGCAUGACGGCACAGCAGGGAUCGAUAGUCGGCGCGGUGCUGAAUCUGGGUCAGGCCCUGGGACGCCCACCCAUUGGGUACUUCUCUGAUUCAUUUGGAAGACUGAACAUGGCGAGCACGAUGACGUUUCUUGCCGGCUUGUUCUCGCUGGUCAUAUGGAUGUUUGCCAAGUCCUUUGGUGUGCUUGUUUUCUUUGCCAUUGUGGGCGGUGCUGUUGCGGGCACGUUCUGGGCUGUCGCUGCGCCUGUCACGACGGAGAUCAUGGGGCUUGUCGACUUACCCAGCGCGCUGAGUCUAACCUGGCUGGUGCUGGUAUUGCCCACGACCUUCUCUGAGCCUAUUGGGCUGGAGAUUGUUGCGUACAAUGGCGGUAGCUACACAGGGGCCAUUCUGUUUACAGGCUGGAUGUACAUUGGUGCUGCUUGCAUGCUAUGGCUCGUCAGAGCUUGGAAGAUUGGGGAUGUUGAAGAGAAAGCUGCGAUGGCUGGGAAGAGCGCCUCGGAGGUUGAUCCUGUCGCCGUCACGACUCAGGCUUCGGGUGGUGUGCCGGCCGGGUUCAAGAAGAGCCCGUUUAUGAAGCGGCUGCUGAUGUGGCAGAGAGUGUAGAAGUUCCUUGCAAGGCAUUUGUCUGGUGUUUGUAGUGUUGCACAUGUAUCACCUCCAGCCAGUCGCUUGGCACUUUUGUAGCAUCCAAACCAUCCUUGUCGCGGCUAGUGAGCUGCAGAAUCACGACAAAAGUAACUUGAUUUUCAAGUGCAUGUACUGCAAUGCGGAAGAGUCCUGACGGGAGCUUGAUCUAUCUUGCCUGAUGCUGCAUCUUGUCAAGGGGUUG